UUUUUAGGAGGCUAGCAAGCAGCAAGCAGCUGGAACAGAGCAAUUUUUUUUAAAGGAGAAGAGAGCAAAUUUUGUUAUCUGAAUCUGAGAGAAGAGCAAAGCAGAGCAUAGCGCACUCUCUCUCUUCUGUUCUAGUUCUAGCGCUAGUGGUAGGUGAGCAGCCACAGCUACAGUAGAUCAGAUCCACCCAACCUGAGCAAGAAAAUCCAUGGCGGGAGCGGGAGCGGGAGCGGGAGCGGGAGUGCGCGUGCUGGAGCGCCUCCGCGUGGCGCCAGCGCCGCCGUGCCCCUCCGCAGACCUCCCCAUCACCUUCUUCGACGCCGCCUGGCUCUUUACCGGCCCCGUCGAGCGCCUCUUCUUCUACCGCCACGACCACCCGGCCGCCGCGCUCCCGUUGCUCGCCGCCUCCCUGCCGCACGCGCUCGCCCGCUUCUUCCCGCUCGCCGGCACCCUCAGCCCCGCCACGCGCCGCCUCUCCUACUCCACCGGCCACGACGCGCUCCACCUCCUCCUCGCCGAGUCUCAGGAUGACAACUUCGACCGCCUCGUCGCCGCCGGGCCCCGGGACAUGAGCCUCAUGCGCCCGCUCGUGCCCGCGCUGCCCCCGCCCGGAAAGGACGGGGCUUUCGCGCUCGCCGCCGUGCAGGCCACCGUGUUCCCCGGCCGCGGGGUUUGCGUCGGCGUGUCUGUUCACCACGCCGCCUGCGACGACGCCUCCGCCACGCUCUUCGUCCGGACCUGGGCCGCCGCAUGCCGCCUCGGGGGCACCCUCGACGGUACCGAUCAUUCUCAGGCCGUGCCGCCGCCGCCCGUGCUCGACCGCUCCCUCGUCGCCGACCCCGACGACCUGCUCGGCAAGACGCUCGCCGGGAUGAGCCGCCUCGCGUCCGGCCCUCCACCUACGCCCACGCAAGCGCAGGGGCCUCCGCCUCCGUCUCCGGUGAUCGCGUCCUUCACGCUGGCGCGCGACCAGAUCGAGGGCAUCAAGGACGCGGCGGUGGCCGCACCGGGGACUUCGCGCCUGUCGUCGUUCGUGGCGGCGUCGGCGCUGGCGUGGGUGUGCCUUCUGCGGUGCCGGUCCGCGGGCGUCCAGGGCACGGCGCGCAGCCACAUGCUGUUCUCGGCGGAAUGCCGGUCAAGGCUGUCGCCGCCGCUCCCGGCCGAGUACUUGGGCAACUGCCUGCGCCCGUGCUUCGUGGAGGCCGCGACGGAGGACCUGCUGAAGAGCGACGAUGCAGGCGGGGGCGUGGCGGCCGCCGCGGCGGCCAUCGGGGCGGCGAUCAGGGAGAUGGAGCGGGGCGUGCUGGAGGGCGCGGAGGAGUGGCUGGGGCAGGUGAUGUCGGUGCUGCCGCAGCGGCCCAUGUCGGUGGGCGGGUCGCCGAGGCACGGCGUGUAUGCGGGCGCGGACUUCGGGUGGGGGAAGCCGUGCAGGGUGGACAUGGUGUCCAUCGAGAAGACCCCCGGCACGGUGUCGCUGGCCGAGAGCCCCGACGGCCAGGGCGGCGUCGAGGUCGGCGUCGUGCUGCCGCCGGACGCCAUGGAAGCUUUCGCCUCUUGCUUCGCCGAGCUCCUCAACAACAACAAGAGCGUCUGACUGAACUCGCCGUGUGUCCGUGUGCUUGCUCCUGUGAAGUUGUGAUACAGUGUCAAAUUUGAAUCGGGAUUAUUAUUUAUUUGCACUGUAUGUUAUUUUUCAUAUUCACUUGAUUUUCAUCAUA